CGCCCACAGGUAAGUGGUUGAAAAGUGUGGCUUCAACCUGAGUUCUCUCCUGCCUGGACCACCGUCCCACCUGUUAGACCACUCGAGUCGGGCUGUGCCACAUCAUUUGUUCACUAUGGCGUCAGCAGCGUUAAGAUCAGCGCUAAGAACCAAGGUUCCUUUUAGAGCUGGCCAGAUGUGCUACUCCUCCUCCUCAGUGCCAACGGUAAAACUUUUCAUCGAUGGAAAGUUUGUAGAGUCCAAAACCUCAGAGUGGCUUGACAUUCAUAAUCCAGCUACCAAUGAAGUCAUCGCCCGCGUUCCCAAAGCCACUCAGGAGGAGAUGUUAGCUGCUGCAGACUCGUGCUCCAGAUCGUUCCACUCUUGGUCAGAGACCUCUGCCUUGACUCGGCAGCAGGUCUUUCUGCGCUAUCAGCAGCUUAUCAAAGACAACAUUACUGUGGAACAGGGCAAGACCCUUGCAGAUGCAGAGGGAGAUGUGUUUCGAGGGUUACAGGUUGUGGAACAUGCCUGCAGCAUCACCUCUUUAAUGCUGGGAGAAACCCUGCCGUCCAUCACCAAAGACAUGGACACUUACACGUACCGCUUGCCCCUUGGCGUGUGCGCUGGCAUCGCCCCCUUCAACUUCCCGGCUAUGAUCCCCCUGUGGAUGUUCCCCAUGGGCAUGGUGUGUGGCAACACAUACCUGCUGAAGCCUUCGGAGCGGGUGCCCACCUGCACCAUGCUCCUAGCAAAGAUGCUGCAGGAUGCUGGCGCUCCAGACGGGACGCUGAACAUCAUCCAUGGGCAGCAUGAUGCUGUGAACUUCAUCUGUGACCAUCCAUCAAUCAAGGCAAUCAGCUUUGUGGGCUCCAAUCAAGCCGGGGAGUAUAUUUAUGAGCGAGGCUCUAAAAACGGAAAAAGAGUCCAGUCUAACAUGGGCGCCAAGAAUCAUGGUGUGGUGAUGCCUGAUGCAAACAAAGAGAACACUCUGAACCAGCUCGUCGGCGCGGCCUUUGGGGCGGCUGGACAGCGCUGCAUGGCUCUGUCCACAGCAGUUUUGGUGGGAGAGGCGCGGAGCUGGUUGCCGGAGCUGGUGGAGCGCGCAAAGGCUCUGCGUGUAAAUGCAGGAGACCAGCCGGGUGCAGAUUUGGGGCCUCUGAUCUCUCCGCAGGCGAAGGAGAGAGUCUGCAGCCUGAUCCAGAGUGGUGUGGAUGAGGGAGCAAAGCUGCUCCUGGACGGUCGGAACGUCAAAGUUAAAGGUUACGAGAAUGGCAAUUUUGUAGGACCCACAAUCAUCAGUGGGGUCACGCCUCAGAUGAAGUGCUACACCGAAGAGAUCUUUGGACCGGUACUUAUUGUUCUGGAGGCAGACACCCUGGAUGACGCCAUCCGUUUGGUCAACAAGAACCCCUAUGGCAACGGCACAGCCAUCUUCACCACAAAUGGCGCCACGGCGCGCAAAUACACCCAUGAGGUGGACGUGGGCCAGGUUGGAGUAAAUGUACCCAUCCCUGUACCUCUGCCAAUGUUUUCCUUCACUGGAUCCAGAGGAUCCUUCAGAGGGGACACCAACUUCUACGGGAAACAAGGAAUCCAAUUCUACACCCAGAUCAAAACUGUGACUUCUCAGUGGAAAGCUGAAGAUGCCACCUUGAAAAGUCCAGCAGUGACCAUGCCCACAAUGGGACGCUAAAUACUUCCAUCUGCCAAGAGAUAAAAAACGCCUGUGUCAAACAUUAGAAAAUGUUUAUAGAUGCUGUGAAAAACUAGGUUUAUAUUUUUAGCUAUAUAUUUAGUUGAAGAUUUAAAAAAAAUAACUGUAUAGAUCUGUUUAAAUGGUAACGUUUAUUCUCGUUUUUAAUCAUUUUUAAUCUCCAUAAAUACAAUAUUCCAAGAAAACAAUGUCUUAAAGACAUGAUUGCUCAGAAAUGUUUACACUUGUAGAUAUAAUUUUUAUAGAUCUAAUAAGAGAAAGGACUGACACUAAUAAUGCUUGAAAGAAAGUUGAAAACAGAUCCUCUGUUUUUUGACAAACUUGCUCUAGAGAGAAAACAAUUCCUCGCAUGACAGAGGAAGGAAAGUGCAUAUCCAGCAAGGGUGUGUGAGGCUCAAAGAAGAAUGGUCUCAGGCGCCUGGAAGGGUGAUGGUUGCCGGGCAGAGCUCCUCUAAUUCUCGAGACAGUCAUCAUUAUGCAACUGUCUUGAUAAAUCACAUGUAAGCACAGACAUUUUAACAGCCACUGCUUUUUUCUGCUAAACAUGCAAUGUGGGACCAAUAAAUCUGCACAGGCUUCGAAAAUUGCAA